AUGAAGAGAAAGCGAGACAAGGUACGAAAAAUAUCAAAAGCAAAGAAGAAAACAAAUGUGGGCAAUGAUCAUUUUGAAGACCAGCCGUAUCAACCGAAGCAUUGGGACUAUAUUAUACACCACGAUAAAUGGAUAUUGAAUUGGAGGUCCAAAGGGCACGUUACAUCAUCGAAAUUGAACGAGAAUGUUUUUGACCUCAUGAGAUUGGAAGUUAAUGUUGUUGAGCCAAAUGAUGAUGAAAAGGAGGAAGCAUACAUGGUUGGCUUGAUUGAUAAGGGUCGGCGAGUCCUGGACUCUGAUUUUGAGGAUCCAAAGGUAUGUGCAUCGAAGCCAUCUCAUUCACCCUGUGUAUCCAAGGAAUUAUCUACUCAUACAAACAGUUCUACAAAGGCUGCUAAAUGCAAAGAGAAUGAGAGAUGCUUCAAUGAAGAAAUUAUCAAUCGUUUGGCCGAUAUUCAAUCAAAACAGCAUCAAUUAGCUUCUGACCAAGUGGAAUUGAAGCUUGAAAUGAUAGCGUUAAGGCGAUUUGUUGCUAAUACGUUCGCAGAUUUGAUGGGUGAGAUAAAAAACAGGAACACGGGGAAUUUUCCAAAGCCUUCUGAUCUUCAGAUGGUAGUUUAUACUGGUGAGGUUGAAUCAGAGAGGAAGAUUGAUGGCAAUAAGAAUGUUGAUCGGCAAACAUAUGUCUAG